GGGGCUCAGCACUUUCGGUUCCUGUUGCGCGCGGGGCAGCGGCACGUGGUGGGGACGGGCCCGAACCGGACGGAACCCAACAGAACCGGACAGAACCGGCCCGAACUAAGGAGAGCCGCUCCCCGGCUGCAGCCGCCCGCAGGAACCAAAUGCCAUGGCUGACGAAGAGCUGAGCACCCAAGCUGCCAAGAAGGGAAGUUUGUCACCCAGCAGCUCCCGGGGCAGCAGCACCGAGUCCAGCACUCUGCUGCAGGAGCUGAAGGGCAACAUCUCCAAAGCUGUGCAGAACAAGGUGGAUUCCAUCCUGCAAGAUGUCCAGAAGUUCUCAGACAGUGACAAACUCUACCUCUACCUCCAACUGCCAUCGGGACCAAGCCUGGGGGAGAAGAGCAGCAGCCUGGACCUGAAUUCUCUGGGCACGGCCGAGUACAUGCACACGUGCAACUGGAUCCGGAACCACCUGGAGGAGCACACGGACACCUGCCUGCCCAAGCAGGACGUCUACGAUGCCUACAGGAGAUACUGCGACAACCUCUGCUCCCGCCCGCUGAGCACCGCCAACUUCGGCAAAAUCAUCCGGGAGAUCUUCCCAAACAUCAAGGCCCGGCGGCUGGGAGGCCGGGGACAGUCAAAGUACUGCUACAGCGGGAUCCGGAGGAAGACGGUGGUCAGUCUGCCACCCCUGCCCAGCCUGGACCUCAAAGUGACAGAAACUCAGCAGUCGGAGCUGACGGAGCUGGUGCAGUCCUACAGCAGCGAGGUGAUGGAGGCAGCCUGUGCCCUCACCUGCGACUGGGCCGAGAAGAUCCUCAAACGUUCCUUCAACAACAUCGUGGAGGUGGCCCAGUUCCUCAUCCAGCAGCACAUCAUCAGCUCCCGCUCGGCCCAUGCCGACCUGGUCAUGGCCAUGGUGGUCUCAGAGAGUGUGGAGAAAAUCCCCCGUGAGGGUCGGACCCCACCGACGGCAAAGAAGAACGUCCCGGACAGCCCGGAGAGCAGUGACAGGAGCCAGGGACAGAUAAAGGAGGAAACUGUCCCCAAGCCCCUUGGCCCGCCCCGACCUGAGAAGAAGAAGAAUCCCCCGGAGCCCCCCAAGGCAGCCAACAACCCCCAGGUGAACGCCCUGGUCUCCCGCCUGCCCCUGCUCCUGCCCCGCAUCCCCGCCAGAGACCGACCGGCGGCACCCGGCGUGGCGGCCGUCCGCUCCUCUCCCCCCGUCCUGGCACCCAAAAUCACGGCGGCCCCCCUGGGGGGCACCCUCAAGGUGGCUCUGCCGGUGGGCACGGCCUCCCCCUCCCUGCCCCUGGGACUGGCCCCGGGGGCCAACGGGCCGGUGGGGCUACUGAGCCAGCAAGCGGCUGUCCCCGUGCUCAACGUGCUGCGGCCCGGCCCCGCCAUCCCCGAGAGCCCCGGUGACCCCCGGGGCAGCGCGGGGGGCAGCGAGGGUCCCGGCCCCCAGGACACGCAGCGCCCCAAGGCCACCAAACGUCCCCCGGAGCCGGCGGGCAACGCCGCCCCCGCCAAGCGGAAACGCGGGCGGCCGCGGAAGAGGACGGAGGAGGGGAACGCGGGGUCCCCGGGGGACGAUGGCGGCAGCGGGGCCACCGGACCCCUCGGGGGCAGCCCAGCUGGGGGGUCCCAGGUCAGCGUCAUCCAGGAUGGGAGGAGCAGGGUGACCGACGGCCGCCAGCAGCCGCCACCGGCGGAGGAGGUGGCGCGGCGGGGCACAGGGGAAGCGGGGACCCCUCUGGGUGACACCGGGGGCUCCCGCACCCCCCGGGACGGGGGGGACCCCUCCCUGCACCGCCACGGACAGACGCAGGCGGGGAUCGCUCCCACUGCCACCACCUCCCAAAAGUCGGACGCGUCCCCUCACGUCCCCACGUCCCGGGGGGCUCCCCAGGGCUCUGGCGCCCCACCCUGGCACUUAGGGGUCCCCCCGGUGUGUCCCCCCUCACCUCCCCAGCUGCCCCCGGGACCUUCAGCAUUAAAAACCAAGCAGUCUACCUCCGGGCCGGCAGGGGGCGCUGCUGGGAGGCCGGGCCCCCUCAACCCCGUCAGCCCGGGCCGGGGCCUGCGCCUGCCCCGCACCCGCCCCGCUCCGCGCUGCCCCGCACAGGUGAGCCCCGCACCGCCCCCCCCCCGCACUGCCUCCCGAGGGACCCCCGGGCCUCACCGCCACCCCCAAACCCCCCGCAGCCUCUCCCGGGCCGCGGCGGCACCGGAGCCCGGGGAGGAGGUGGGGGUCUCCCCGCCCGAGCGUCUCCGGAGCUCCGCGGAACCGCAGCCCAGGAUGAGCCGCCAGCGCUGCCCCGUCCCUCGGCAUCCCGGAGCGGAGAGGCGGCCGUGCGGGAUGGGACUGCACCAGAGCGGGGGUGUUGCGGGAGGAACCCGCUGGGUGGGCUGCUGA